ACCCUCCGCACCUGCCGAGGGUCCAAAACACAAUCCUGCAAAAAUGAGCCAUUCUCACCCCUCUGGAUUACUUGCAGCAUAUAAUAGCCUUACCGACAAACACCUGGUGGGAUAUUUUAACAAUACAAGGAUAAGGCGGCAUCUCUUAAGAUCAGGGCUGAUCACAAGAAAUGGAAGAAUACUGUCUGAAAAAGAAUACAGACUAAAUAUCAUGAAGAGGGAUCACCAAAAAUAUAUCCGGGAGUGCUUAGCCCAGGCUAUUUUUCAUAAGGUCCUUGAUAUGGAGCGUUACCAUCAGCUUGAAAUUAAAAAGAAACUGGAGACCUUAGCCAGAAAGGAGCGAAUUCAGAGAUUUAAGGGAGAGCCCACAAGAUGGUCUAUAGAAAAAAACAUGCCAGUGCUCUCUCCCCACCCACCAGUGGGCCCAAAGACUAACCGUGGUUAUAGUGUUCUGGUUGAUGAAGGACAUUCCAGUCCAAUAACAGUGACGGCCCCUCGACCACACACCGCCCCAGGAAUUAUGCAGCCUCCACUUCGAUUACAGCCUCUUCCCAGGCAUCGUACAGCAGGAACUGUUCCAAAGAUCACUCCAGGGUCCAGAUCCAAAACCUCACUGCUGGAAACUGAAGCUCCUUUUCCCCUUAGGGGCAAAAAGGCAAUGAUGAAGCUGAGGAACUCAAUGGACAAUUCACAGGGAAUGAAACAGUAUCAACCUCUGAACAUUAACAGUUACAUGAUGCCUGUUCCUCCUCGGCCUCCUUCCCCGAAUGGAAAAAUCACAAGGGAAAAUAGAUCUGAAACAUGGAGAAGGAGAAGAUUUCGGCCAACCACUGCUCCAAAUGGCUUACAACCAGCCUCCGCCGGGGAUUCAAGAAGGAUUAAUAAAACACCACUGCAUAGUAAUGCAGUCAUUACAAUGAUCUACUUAGGGAAGACUACGCACCUAAGUUUUGAUUACCCAGACUUCCGAGAUGAAAUAAAAGUUUGUCAACAGCACUGUGGUGGAGAAAACCUUUGUGUCUACAGAGGCAAACUACUUGAAAAAGAGACCUUUCAGUUUAUUUCCAAAAGGCACCACGGCUUCCCCUUCAGUCUCACCUUUUUCCUGAACGGGAUGCAGGUGAACAGGUUGAGCUCCUGCUGUGAAUAUAAGCAUCGGAGAGGUUCCAGGCUCGGAGGCAAAGGAAGCUACUUUGGGUUUGUGUGUGUGGAGAAAUCAUCGCCUUGCUACAAGUGCAUUAUUGCAAUGGGCCUUGACAAAAAACCAACUUCGCCAAAAUUUAGGAAACAAAAAAGUCUUGAGAAAGGAGAGGAACCAAAGUGCGAGGGGAUACUGAGGAAGGAUAGAGCAUACAUGGUCCCAAGAAGGAAUGAGUUGGAGGGGAGCAAAACCUCUUCUGCAGUCUUUCUUUCAGCCGACGAAGAAAAACCGGGGGUUGAAGAUGUAAGAACUGCUGUAGAAGAAAUGGAAUGUAAAGGAAAAGAACAUGUUUGGGAAGAUGACCAGGAAAAUACUUCUAAAUACGAAUAUGAAGAAGAUUUUGAAGUAGACGAGGAGAAACAAGAUGAGAAAGCUAAUAAAAAAGGACAGUCUGAUGAUCAAAUGAAUGAAAUGUUAAAGUCACCAUCAGAUGAUGAAAAAGAUAAUUUAGACCCUGAAAAAGAGAGUGCCUCGUCACAGAAGGCACCAGAUGUUGAUGACAGUAUGAAAGAUGAGAGUGAUGGAUGCUCUGAUAGUGAACUGGAAGAAGAUAAGCAAGAUAUAAAAACUGCAUCGUCCUCCUCAUGCAGAAGUCACCCCUACUCUAGCAGCAGUGAAGACGAAUCUAUACUGGAGGACGGGGAAAUGCACGCUGAUGAUAGUGCAGAUGAAAGUGACAGAAGUUCAUCUUCUCAGGAGUUGAGUGAAAAUGAUGAGCCAGGAAAAUCACACCUUCUCAUUGAGGAUUCCUUAGAAAUUGAAGGUCAAAAAAUCAUAAAAGCAGAUGUGGGGAUCAAGCCUCUGCCAAGAGAGGAAAGCUUGGAGAAUGUUCUUGAAGAAACAGAGAAUGGAACCCAAAUGAUUGCAGAUGGCUUAUCUGAGAAGUCCCGGGAACAUGUUUCCAAGGAAGAAAAGGAAAAUUACAGGAAUAAGCUUUGGAAAGGAAGCACUGCUAAGGGGAAGGACAAAAAGGCAGGUCUCGAUAGGGUGGAGAAAGGUGUUGGACAGAUAUUAGGUGGAGCUGUGGAACCUGGCUGCCACUACCCGUAUGAUGCUGAGUCUGGUGAGGGGGAGAAGCUCUUGACCAAAUUGGAGAUUGACACAGGUGCAGUACCGAACAGGAUUUUAAUGGUGGAAGAAAGCACAACCCUCACCUCAAACGGGGAAUCCAAGCCAGUUGCAUCAGAAAUGUACACACUGGAGAAAGAAGCAGCAAUGGAAGAAGAUGAGGUUCCCCAUCACAGGGAUGCUGACACACUAGAAGAAAAGGGGGGUGUAACACUGGGGAGUAAAACAGGGAUUAAUGAGGUUCCCUUGGGGGAGUGGAAGCCAACAGCAGAGCAGCCAGCUCUAGUAGCACUGUCUACUGGGGAAAGGGAGACACGUCAGGGCAAAGAAAGUGGGGCAGAGGCAGAAGGGGCUAGAGAGCUGGAUGAAGAGGGGUUAAACCAAAUGGGAAAAGAAGCAGCAAGAGCCUCUGGAAGUCUGAAUGAAGAAGAGGUUCCUGAACAGCAGGCCUUGAUGCAGACAUUGCUGGAGACAGAGAAGACAGCUUCUGAAGAGGAGCAGAGUUCAGAGAAGGUAGUGUUUGUCAAUAAGGCUGCAGCUCAGAUCUCAGAAUGUGUUCAGGAGGUAUCAGCCCUUCUGGCUCUGACACCAGAGAAGGGAGAAGCUGAGAGAGGGGUGUCUGUGAGUGAGGCAGGCUCUGAAAAGCCAGGCAUGGAGGACAGUGAAGAGGAAGCAUUCAUAGACCUAGGGGGCAUGGCACCUGAGGAUGACUCUGCAUGUGAGAGAGAGGAUGGUUCAAAAGAGGCAGUAUAUGGGGGUGAGGAACCAGUCAAAGUGAGGAAGACAGUUGUGAGAACCGAAACACCUUUGAGCCCCUCCACUUGUGAGAAGACCGAAACAACCAGGUUGAGGAUUUCUGAGGAAAGCCUCGAAGAACUUUGUGAGAAAGCUGAGAAAAGGAAGGAUGUUGAGACUGAGGUAGAAUCUAAUAGGAAAGAUGAUAGGAAAGAAAGAUUACCAGAGGUAUUAGAUGCAGCAAGACAGAGGAGGAAAGCUGAGAGGCCAACACCUCUGGGUGAAACUGAAUCUGAGACAGAAGAGGUUACAAGGGCAAAUGCUCUUCAGGAUGAAGAUAUUUUAGCAGAAGAGCAAAAGUUUAAAGGGGAAGAGGGGGAAAUUAUGAAGGAAGAGACACCGGGACCCCCAGAUGAAACAGAGUGUGAUGUUGAGAAUGCAGCACCUGUGGAGGGACCUGAAUGGACUGGAGACACAGGCCCGCAAGGGGAUGAUUCACCAAGAGAGAGGGCCAUGCUUGAAGCAGCACCUGAAUUUGAAAAGUCACUGGAAAAUACAGUAUGUGGGAUGAAAGAGGGAGGAGGAGAAAGAAUAAUAGAAGCUGGAGACACAGGGCAUAAAGGCAGAGCAGAGCUGCUCUGCAGGGAGAACGGUGAGAAGGUGGCUCCCUCAGAUCAGGAAGAGGGGCCAGGCCCUGAAGGAGAGGGUGUGUUAGGAGCUCCUGAAAGUGACCCAGCAGGAUAUGCCCAGGAGCAAACAGCCGAAGAUCAAGAUAGUCUUGCAGGACUGGAAAGAAGGGAAAAGGAAGGGUCUUUACAAGGGCAACAAGGUGUAGGGGCCACAGCGAUGACCCAAGAAGAUAUUUUUGAAGGCGAGUCCAUGAUGGCAGAAAAGUUAAGUGAGGAAGUGAUGGAUGAAAACCCAGAGGAAGAGGUGGAUCAAGGGGGCUCUCUGGGGACAGGAGCGAUGAAGAAUGGGCACAAAGAGGGGGUUGAAAGCUUACAAAAAAGAAUGAUUGUGGCUAAAGGAGAUCUCCAGGAAGGAGUGGUGAUAGGAAUGGUAGACGAGAAGAGAGAGGUGUUGGCAGAUUUGAAGAUAGCUGAGGGAAAAACAGAAGCAAAUACAGCCUCCCCCUUUUCAGAUGUUGCUGAUGAGAAAACUUGGCACAAAGUGGAUGAGUUACUAGAAAAAAUAGCAUCUGUAGAGAAGGUAGCAGGAGAGGAAAUAGCGCUGGUGCCAACAGUGGAGGAGGUGACAGUGAUUGGGGCAUCAGAGGCUGAGGUGGGGGCUCUAGGAGAAUCUUCAGACCUGGAAGAGAAGACCCCUAAGCUAGGGCCAGAACAAAAAGGAGGGGAAGCAGAGAUGGGGAGCCAUGGUGGGGGACAGGAGUCAGGCAAGGCUGAAGAUGUCAGACUGGGAUUAUCCCAACAGACAGAGUCAGAGCUGAGUAGAGAGAGUCUACUACAGGAUGUGGAAAUACUCCCUGGAAAAGCCAAUUGCCUGGAAAUCCAAGAGAAACAAGAGCACACAGUGCAAAGAGAAAGUGAAAACACAGAUGUUUCCCUGAAUAGCAAGGAGGCCUAAGAGACUGCAUGGCAGAUGACAUUUUAAAGAUGUCUUCUGGAAGACUUCAAGAAUGGAGAAAGAUCCACCUAAGCAUCUUUAUUUUUGAUUUUAUCUUUAUUAAGUAAACUGACUGUGUUUAUCUUAGCUGGUUUCUAGUCUGUCAUUCUGAUCAGAAGCACAGUAAGCACCCUUCUUAUGGGCAGUGAUUUCUAAUAAAGGACUCUGAGGAAGUCACACAUUCAACAUAACUGAGGCGUCUAUAUGCAAGUCAAAUUCAUAGUAUUCUAAUGCCUGACUUUUACCAAAGAUCAUCUGAAAGGCCCAAUUCUGACAUCUAGGGUUUGUGUAAUUCCUUUUUAUUUAUGAUCAAAUAUUACUCUCAGUUUCAUACCUGAGUUUUAUUUAAAAACUGUGGCUUGGGGCUUUUAUGACUCCAUCUGUGAAAAUGAGUUCUAAAGAUCCUCCUAUGUAUACUCAAUACUAAAGAUUGCCCCGAACCUGUAAAAUGAUCCCAUGCCAUGUAUAAUCACUUACAAAUAUUCAUUCCUUCUAUUUAUGCCAGAAGGGUGAUAUAAACUGGAAAUAUUAUUUCAGAAUGCCCUUUGUUUUUUGUGUGUGUUUCUAUAGUUUUGCUUCUUAAGGUAAACUGGUAAAUGCUUGUGAGAUUUUGUCCUUGGGGGCCUUCUUUGUGGGGUUACUCAAAUUUUAAUCAUAAUAGUAAAUAAUUGAGCUGAGUAAAAUGAAUAACAAUAAUUAUAGCAGGUAAACCUUGCACAUCAACACAUAUACCAACAUUCUAGACUCUCAACUGUUGAUGUCAUUUAUUAGAAAAAAAAGUUGAAUUAAAUUAGAGUGCUGCUUACCUUCCCAAAUUCUGUUAUUUCAAACGUGUGAACUAACCUUGGAGUGCAUUGUAAAUCAACAGUCACAGUCAUUCUCUGAAUUACUCCCUGAUAUUAUCAGCAAUAGCUGUGUAUCAGUAUGCCCACUGAAGAUUUUUAUUUCCUUGAAUAUGUCUUUGUUCAUAUACUGAUACCCCAAAGGGCACAUAUGUCUGGCUAUCUUUUCUUCUCCACCUGAGGUAAAAGAAAAUUUCCUAAAACAGUGAUUUUCCAGCUGGAUUACAAAUUAGACUUUCAUGAGACAUUUUCCUGAAUGCAUGAAUGAUUCCACCCCUGCUUCCACCCCAAAGAUUCAGAUUUAAUUAGCUUUAGAUAGGUGUAGGCAUCAGGUUUUUUUAUUUUUUAUUUUUAUUUUG